CUGCCGCGCCUGUUCAAAUGGGGAUGAGCGGAGCCCGAGGAGCCGGUCGUAGCUGACCGGAGGGGGGAUCUGCGGCAUGUUGCUGCCCUGCUUUCGUGCCGGCUGUAGUCGGACGUCGGGCGUUUUACUGCGACUGCAAGCGGCUGCUCGACAGCUCCCUAGCUCCCGGGCAGGCAGCGAGGCAGGCGGCUGCCACCGCUGUUACCGCCUGACCCACCGGCAGCUGCUGCGGUUGCGGGGCCCGGACACCGGCGCCUUCCUCCAGGGCCUGGUCACCAACGAUGUGGAAGAUGUGGUGAGCAGGUCCCGGGAGUCCCUUUACUGUCACCUGCUUAAUCUGCAGGGGAGGACCAUGUUCGACGUGAUUCUCUACAGGUUGCAUGCAAGCCAAGAAGAGCCAACACUCCUUGCAGAAUGUGAUGCAAUGUUGCUUGAUAAUGUUCAGAAACACUUGAAAAUAUACAAGAUUAGAAGGAAAGUGGACAUUUCCCUUUGUCCAGAUCUUUCUGUGUGGGCAGUGCUCCCAUCUAGACACUCAGUAGAUACUAGCAGUAACUUAGAAGUAAAUGGAAAGAAGGUACUGGUGUGUACACAGGAUCCCAGAACUGAUGCCAUGGGAUGGCGGUUGGUAUUAAGCAAUACUGACAAUCCAUUGGACAUUGUCCCUGAAAGUCAUCUAGGUGAUAUCCAGGACUAUCAUAGACAUCGGUACAAAAUAGGAAUUGCUGAAGGUGUGAAAGACCUUCCAUCUGGAGAAGCAAUACCUCUGGAAUCCAACCUAGUGUACAUGAAUGGGAUUAGCUUCACCAAGGGCUGUUAUAUCGGGCAAGAGUUGACAGCUCGGACUCACCAUACAGGAGUAAUAAGGAAAAGAUUGAUGCCAAUCCAAAUGGACAACCCUUUGCCUCCUGGCAAUAUUCCUGAAAAGGCGCAGAUUGUUACUGAAUCUGGAAAAUUGGCUGGAAAGUUCAGGAAUUAUGAGGGUGAUGUUGGUUUAGCCUUGAUCAGACUCACUUAUGCAAAUGAACCUCUUCAUGUGUUCACAGCAGGUGAUGUUCGUGUACAGUUGACAGCGUCAAUGCCAAAUUGGUGGCCAAACAACGAAAAGAAUAAAUGAAAUAUAUAUUUGUAUUGAACAUCUA